AUGGAGCCCCGGGAUUUGGUGGUAGGGACUGUCAUCUUGUUGCAGAGUGUCUUAGGGAUCGUGGGGAAUUUCUCUCUCCUUUCCCAUCAGAUUUUCCUUAAUCUUACAGCCUCUAGACUGAGGCUCACGGAUUUGGUUAUCAGGAACCUGAUUGUGGCCAAUUUCAUGCUCCUGUUCUCUAGAGGAAUUGGCUAUGUCGUCACAUAUUUUGGCUGGUGUGAAGAAAGUGAUUUUGGGUGCAAGUUUCAAUUCUAUAUAGGAGGAGUGGGCAGGGGCGUGUCCAUCAGCACCACCUGCCUCCUGAGUGUGGUCCAGGCCAGCACCGUCAGCCCCCGGGGCUCCACGUGGGCGGGGCUGAGAGACAAAGCUCCCAGGUACACCUGCCCCUCUCUCGCCCUGUGCUGGGUCCUGAGCCUACUGGCUAAUGUCCUCUACCCCAUGUUCAUGUCUAGUAUUCAUAGUCACAAAAAUGACACAAGCAGGAAAAUAUUUGGAGAGUGUUCUUCUGUGCGUCACGACACAGCCAGAGACUUCUUACAUGGCGCUCUGCUGUCCUUCCCCGACGUUGUGUUUUUUGUGACCAUGGCCUGGGCCAGCGGCUCCCUGGUCUGCACCCUGUACCGGCACAGGCAGCGCGUCCGGCACCUGCACAGCUCCAGGGCCGCCCCGGCGUCCUCCCCCGAGUCCAGGGCCACCCGCACCAUCCUCCUCCUGGUGAGCACCUUCAUCUGCCUUAACUCCAUUUCCUCCAUCAUGAACACUGCUUUGUCUGUUAUUUAUAAUCCCGACUUGUUCCUUUUAAACUUCAAUACAGUGAUCAUACUGUGUUUCCCCACCCUCUGUCCCUUUCUGCUCCUGAGCCGGGAGCCCAAGAGGUCUCAGCUGUGCUCUGCCUGUACGGCCAAAUCCCCCGCCCUUUGCAAACACGUGCACCGUGUGCAGGUGCGCGGUUGUUUAGUCGCUUCAUAA